GCCCGAGAGCGGGGCGCGGCCUCGCCGCUAGACCCCGGGCCAUGGCGCGGGUGCUCAUCGUGGGCGCCGGGCUGACGGGAAGCCUGUGCGCAGCGCUGAUCAGGAAGGAGGCGCCCCGUCCUGUGCACCUCGCGGUGUGGGACGAGGCUGGGGACUCAGGGGGAAGAAUGACUACAGCCAGGAGUCCCUACAAUCCACAGAGCACAGUUGACUUGGGUGCCCAGUACAUCACCUGCACACCUCAUUAUGCCAAGCAACACCAAAGUUUUUAUGAUGACCUGUUAGCUCUUGGCAUUUUGAAGCCUCUGACCUCUCCUAUUGAAGGGAUGGUGAUGAAAGAAGGAGACUAUAACUUUGUGGCACCUCAAGGAGUUUCUUCAAUUAUUAAGCAUUACUUGGAAGAAUCAGGUGCUGAUGUCUACUUCAGACACUGUGUGACCCAGAUCAACCUGCGAAAUGACAAGUGGGAAGUCUCCAAGGAAAAAGGUCCCCCCGAGCUGUUUGACAUUGUUGUCCUCACGAUGCCAGUUCCUCAGAUUCUGCAGCUUCAAGGUGACGUCGCAAACUUAAUUAGCAAAUGCCAAAGGCAGCAACUGGAGUCUGUGAGCUACUCCUCUCGCUACGCUCUGGGCCUCUUUUAUGAAGCUGGCACGAAGAUUGAUGUCCCUUGGGCUGGGCAGUACAUCACCAGUAAUCCCUGCAUACGCUUCAUCUCCAUUGAUAAUAAGAAACGCAAUAUAGAGUCGUCCGAAAUCGGGCCUUCCCUUGUGGUUCACACCACUGUCCCGUUUGGAGUCACCCACUUGGAGCACAGCACCGAGGCUGUGCAGGAGGUAAUCUUCCAGCAUCUGGAAGGCAUCUUGCCAGGCCUGCCUCGACCAGUUGCGACCAAAUGCCAGAAAUGGAGACAUUCUCAGGUUACAAAUGCUGCCGUCAACUCCCAUGGCCAGUUGACUCUUCAUCUCAAACCUUUCCUUGUGUGUGGAGGGGAUGCGUUCACCCAGUCCAACUUCGAUGGCUGCGUCACUUCUGCCCGGUGUGUUCUAGAAGCUUUAAAGAACCAUGUUUAG